CGAAGCGGAACUUUUAAAACCCUUGUUGCAAAGGGGACGCUUUAGUGGGACGUACGCUACUGUUUUGCCAUCAACAUCCCAAGGUGACAGCCAGCAGUGAAGCAUGAAUGUGAACCAGGGCACGGUGGGCAGCGACCCGGUCAUUCUGGCUACGGCUGGGUACGACCACACUGUCCGCUUCUGGCAGGCCCACAGCGGGAUCUGCACCAGGACUGUCCAGCACCAGGACUCCCAAGUAAAUUCACUUGAAGUCACGCCUGAUAGGAGUAUGAUUGCAGCUGCAGGCUACCAGCACAUCCGUAUGUACGACCUGAACUCCAACAACCCCAACCCGGUGAUCAAUUACGACGGCGUCAGCAAGAACAUCACAUCUGUGGGCUUCCAUGAAGACGGACGCUGGAUGUACACGGGAGGAGAGGACUGCAUGGCUCGCAUCUGGGACCUGAGGUCAAGAAAUCUACAAUGUCAAAGGAUCUUCCAGGUCAACGCUCCAAUCAACUGUGUGUGCCUUCAUCCCAACCAGGCUGAGCUGAUCGUAGGAGACCAGAGUGGAGUGAUUCAUAUCUGGGAUCUGAAGACCGACCACAAUGAACAGCUGAUUCCUGAGCCAGAGGUCUCCAUCAACUCAGUGCACAUUGACCCAGAUGCCAGUUACAUGGCAGCAGUCAACAGCUCGGGUAACUGUUAUGUGUGGAACCUCGCUGGAGGCAUCGGAGACGAGGUAACGCAGCUCAUUCCCAAGACCAAGAUCCCUGCACACAACCGCUACUCGCUCCGCUGCAAGUUCAGCCCUGAUUCCACGCUGUUGGCCACCUGCUCAGCAGAUCAGACCUGUAAGAUUUGGCGGACAUCCAACUUUGCGCUUAUGACAGAGCUGAGCAUCAAGAGCAACAACCCCGGGGAGACUUCUAGAGGCUGGAUGUGGGACUGCGCCUUCUCUGGAGACUCUCAGUACAUUGUCACAGCCUCUUCUGACAACCUGGCCCGUCUGUGGUGUGUGGAGACGGGGGAGAUUAAGAGGGAGUACAGUGGCCACCAGAAGGCCGUGGUGUGUCUGGCCUUCAAUGACAGUGUGCUCGGCUGAAGAUGAGGAGGAGGAAGAUGCCAGAAUUGGCAGAGAGCCAGAGCAGCAGUGUAAUCUGCAAGGACAAAAAAGACAGAAUCUUGGGACAACACGGGCUGGUUAGCACAAAUGGACUUUAUCAAAAAAAAAACAAAAAAAAAACCGUCAGUGAUAAUCAUCCUCAGAUAGUGGCGACGUGUGAC